UGCCAUACACAAAACCCCCUGAUUUCCGUCGGAGCACGGUGUAGGCGACUGGGCGCGAGCGUCUCCGGCGAUCAUCUUAAUUUGCUCCCUGCUCUGGACGAUCCCUCCUGGCCAGAUCAACAAUGCCGCUUCCCGGCACACAAGAGGACGACGCAUCGGGAUCCAGGUCGAGGGCAAGAAGGCGGCUGAAGGAAUCCACAUCAACACCUCCUGUGCUCCGCCUUGGCAGCGCACCCGCAGCCACGCCGACGUCUGGAACCCGGCUGGAAAGAAGGAAACGGAGUGCUGUGUCCACGAAGAAAAAAUCCAGGAGGGGGAAAAAGAGGAUCCGCGGGGAGCGAGAAGAGGAGGACAGAGAAACGAAAAAAAGAGAUCUAGGGAGGGAGGAGGAGGAAGAAGAGGUGGUGGUUUCAUCUGCGCCCAGCUCGCCACUUUGCGAGCCAUACCUCCCUGGUGACGGGGUGAUAUAUAGCAGAAUUUACCAUCCGGAGAUAUACAAGGCCUUUGAUGCUGAAAUUUGAGUUACCGGCAAAAAUUAGCUGCCCAGUUUGAUCUGCCCACCCUUGAGUUCUUCAGAGCUUCCACAUGCCUGUCUGCUGAUCCUAAACUUCUUCCUGUACGUGAAUCUGGAAGAGAAGCAGUGCUUCGUUCUGCUCAUUAUGUCCUGGGGCUUUCAUCCUUUGUUAAUAAUACACUGCUAAGAAGGUGCUCUGGAUUCUGGAUUGAACGGGAUGGAAAGAAAAACACCGGCAUUGUUUUGACAACAGCACAUCUAAUACGCUCAAACUGCCCGUCUAUGGACCACUGGUUAGGCCAAGAUGAGUAUUCCGCUGAGGCUAAGGUUGUUAUUCACUUAUUAGAUGACACAACUGCAGAGGGCCAAUUGAUUUACCUCCAGAAGCAUUAUGAUCUCGCUUUUUUUAGGGUUGGAGUGGAUCAAUCUCUUCAGCUACCUGUACCUGAUUUUAGUAAUAGUGUGGAAUGUGCUCAAGAAGUUUUCCAGCUUGGGAGAGAUGAAAAAAUGAAUCUCAGGAUAACUCAUGGCAGGGCAGAAUAUUUGAAUCCAACUAUCUAUGAUCGCUAUCAUUACAUGUACCUUUCUCGCAAAGAUGUGGACAAUGAGUUUGAUGAUGGAGGACCAGUCAUUGACUUCGAUUCAAAUGUCGUGGGCAUAGUGAAUAAUUCUACCGACGGGUCUUUUAUACCUUCUUCGAUUCUACUUAAGUGCUUGGAUCUGUGGAGGACUCAUGGGUCCACCCCGCGUCCCCACCUUGGGUUGAAGUUCUUCGCCAUCAAGCUUUUAGACCCUGCUCAUAUUGAGAAGAUACGGCGCAAGUUUAAUAUUGAUCGCGGUCUUAUUGUUCAAGAGGUCUCAAAAGAAUCGCAUGCGGAGAAACUUGGAAUCCGAAUGGGCGAUGUUAUUGAAUGUUUUGAGGGAGAAAACAUUUCUACUACAGUUGAGUUGGAGAACAUGUUACUGGACUUAUCCAAGGGCCAUUUUGCCAAAGGAAAUGACAGUCAUGCAAAUAUAAAUGUUUCGAUUGGGGUGUUCAACGCUCGUAAAAGACUCUGGAGGACUAGAGAGUUGACUGUAAAUGUUUCUGAUCAAGGGGAAAUUGUUGCAGAAGCUACUCGUCCUUUCAAUAUUGAAGGGAUUUCUGCUUCGGUGCCACCUGACCUAGUUGCUUCAGGCAAGUCAUGUUACUUUCUUUGCAUUAGUUGUAUGCCAUGCAAGCUAGGAUUUGAGUCUGAUGCUUUUCCUUUCCGUCUUUCGUAGGAUAAACCGGGUCGCAAUGUGUUUUGCCGAGUUCAGCCUUUUGCAACAGAUACCUAUUUUGCUAUGCUCUUGAAGUAUAUGCCGUGCUCUAACCAUCAUGCUCGGUCAUCAAUUUUCUUCAAGGAGUAUGAUGGAAGCCAAGGGUUUUUAACUGAUGAUAUCUAUGUUAGCGAGUUUGGUUGAAAUUGCUCAGCAGAAGAAUACGUUUAUGUUUGCUUGAAGACCAACGUUGUACAUAUAACUUCUGAAUUGCUGUUAUGUUCACCAACUUUUGAAGAAAGUAUCUAAGCAUGAAGGGAAGCUUCAUGUUCAUCAUUU